AUGACCAUUAGAGUUACAUUCUUCAUUCUGUUCAUUUUCUUCGAUAUCUAUCAUGUAAGUGCAACCGAUUAUGGCAUCAUUGGUUUCGGUCUUUCUCUGUACCAAGACCUCUGCUGCCAAGCAUGCCAUGACUCCUUAUCCUCACUCUACCUCACUUGUACCACCUUUGAGAAUAGCGAUGACACGUCCAUGGAUAUGUCAAUGUCCUCUGAUAUGGCUAUGGAAAUAAUGACUAGCGACGAGUGCUACGCAACAAAUAUCCCGUGGUUACAGACAAUGGCAUACUGCAUCCAACAAAAUUGUGAUGCCGAUGGAUACAGCGCCGAAAAGCAGGCCAAAUGCUUCAGUACUCAAGCAGUCGCAGGUGCUCCAAAGCCGACUUUCCAGGAUAGUUUACCUGCUACGGCUCCGACAGACGAGCUCUCGGAAGAUGCAUUAUGGCUCAACGUCACCAGCUUGGUAAACAGCAAUACGUAUUAUGCCACUCAUGGCACCGAAAAAGAAUUUGCAAGAUCGGAAUAUAUUCACACGAGAUACUCACUCAUAAAAUACUUUAGGGUGAUGCUCUAUCUCAUAGUUAUUGGCAUCUGCGUUGGAACUGGAAUUCUGGCACAGGCCAGAAGUAUAUUUCCUAGAUUUCAAAAACAAAUGAACUAUUCAACUCUCUGGGCUAAGCUCCAACAACACAUCUUCCUCCCUUCUCUACUCGGCUCUCGGCAUCUCGAACCUUUACCUGGCAAUGUCGGUUAUUUACCAGGCAGAAUACUCAGCAUCUUCAUUGGCAUCUACAUCGCUCUAAACGUGGUUCUCUCUUCCGUAUCUUUUCGAACUUUUUUCCCUAAUACCUUUUUCGCAGCCCCCCAAUUUGAACUCUGCGAGUAUGUCGGAAAUCGGACGGGCACUCUCAGUCUGGUCAACAUGAGCAUUUCCACCUUGUUUGCGGGGAGGAAUAAUAUCUUGAUUAACCUGACCGGAUGGGGUCAAUCAACUUUUAUCACCUUGCAUCGUUGGACUGCGAGGGUGGCGGUUCUACAGGCCGUGGUGCAUUCGAUAUGUUAUACCGUCGCGUAUUUUGAACCGGGCAGUGGUGGAGCGGCAGCUUAUGUUGCCAAAAUCGCGGAACCUUUCUAUUGGUGGGGAAUCAUUGCAACCGUAGCGCUUUCGCUAGUAAUCGCCUUCGCCUCGCUUCCACUUCGCAUCAAAUUCUACGAGGUUUUUGUCAUAACUCACAUCAUCCUUAUUAUUCUCGCCCUGGUUGGAUGCUGGUAUCAUCUCGUGCCUCACUUUGGAUCUGUCUUCGGCUACCAAGUGUGGCUCUACAUCGCGUUUGCUUUUUGGUCUGCCGAUCGAUUGGCUAGAUUAGUUCGCGUUGCUUACUAUAAUCAUUUAGGCAAUUCACGAGCGAUUGUAGAAGCAAUUCCAAAUUGUGAUAUCAUGCAAGUCUCCGUGUUCCCACGAGUUCCUUGGGACUUUGGACCGGGCCAGCAUACUUUUCUUUAUGUUCCUGAACUGGGCAGGUUUUGGGAAAGUCAUCCGUUCAGUAUUGCUGGAUGGAGGAGACAGGAGCAUCCGCAAUCUACUAGUGUUUCUACUCACGAUGUUGUGGCUGAAGGAGAAGGGGUUAAUGAAACUGUAUCAAUGGCAAGAGAAUCAGGUUCACAAACCAAUUUGACAGCAGGAAAACAACAAACAAUGGUUCAGCACCAAUCUCAAACCCAAACUCGCGCAUCCGUCCAUUUUCUCAUCCGUCCACAUUCAGGAAUGACCUCAGCACUCCGCCGCCGUCUCCUAUCCUCGCCAUCGAGUUCUAGCAUGGAAACGUCCAUUUACAUCGAAGGACCUUAUGCAGGUCAUCGAGCCACUCUCCAACCGCUUUUAAUCGCCGACACCAUUGUUUGUCUCGUAGGUGGUAUUGGUAUUACCAAUGCUCUUGGUUUCAUUCAAGAAUACACUCAUGAUAGAAAACUUGAUGGAGAAAGAGAAGGACACGAAAGUUCAGAAAGGACAUCGAGGAGCAGAAUUAUGAAGAAAGCAACGCGCUUUAUACUUGCUUGGUCUGCUAAGGAAAUGGCCCUCAUCGAAUUUGUGAGGAGCAAGUUUCUGGCGCAGGAUAUUGAUGGGGGGUUAGACACUAUAGAUACUAUAGAACAGUCAUUCUGGUGCACGGGCUCUUCAUCUACUGCUGCUGAUGCUGCUGCUCAAGAGGGAGACAGUAUUAAUAUCAAUGACACUUCAAAAGAACUUCCAAGGUCGAAAGUGUCAGAGACGAUGAUAAUGAUGGGAAGAAUGGAUAUAGCAGCCGUGAUCAAAUCUUCAGUGGAAAAGGGGCAGCAAACAGCAAUCUUGGUUUGUGGGCCGGGCCGUAUGGCAGAUGAAGCUACGAGGGAAGUGGUAAUGUGUGUGAAGAAUGGGUUUAGAGUGGAUUUAGUUGAGGAGUCUUUUGCUUGGUAG